UCGCUGGUUAUUUGUAAGUUCGAGUGUUUAGUAUCCUUUCCGAAAGGGAUAGGAGGGGAGGUGUGCAAGUUGGAUCAUUAUACAGAAUAACGGUGGUUUCAAGUUUUACGUGUGCCCGCUUCUGAGCUUCAUCCUUAUCCGUUCACUGUAGGAGCCUGCAGACGCGGGGCGGGUGCGAUGAGACAAGAUUUUAAUGAAAUUGCUGAGCCUGAGCUGAUCACCUGCCUGAAGUGUAUAAGAAAGAAAAUAUAUUUAUGGAACCAAAUCUUCAGGAUACCUGUGAGGCUGAUUCAGAAGAAGCACAAAAAACGGCUGUCUCUGUCGAAGCUGCUCAGACCCCUGCAAGAUCAACGACCCACAUAAAUAACGAUGGAUUAGGAUCUACAACCAGUGAUUUUCACACUGAGAACCCUGCUGAGAACUAUGCGCGUUUGGGAAAAGAAGCCAUUUGUGUGUCCGGCUUCAUUGAAAAAGACUGUGAUGGUUUAAUCAGCGAUACUAACAAGAAUACUUCAUUUAUAUCUGCAGCAUCUGUACGAGUUUCUAAACCACACGUUGCUAUUAAAACAUCAGGGCGAGCAGCAACUAAUAACAGAAGUCCACAAAAAGACAAAAGUCUGCUUGUUUCUGACCUAAAAUUAACAAGUAAUCUUUUUACUACAGAUGGGAUAGCUUCUACAGUGUCUGCAGGUGAAAACCAUCGACCAUUUGGUACAACCCUUUUACAGCAAAGUGCUGAUGUUAACAAGGAGAAACCCAAAUCUGCAAAUCACAGUUCACAACUUGCAGAGUGUCAUCCCACUCUGAGUAAGAGUGCUGUCAUAUGUGCCACAAUCACUUCAAAAGAUACCAAUCUCCAUCCCAACACUCUGGUAGUUUCAGAGCAGAGUACUCGUGAGAUAGAAGGCCAGUGGAGGAAAGGAGGAAAAGACCUGCUGAUUGAUCACUUAAACCAUUCUGCUGCAAAUGAGAAUGUUGCAACUGUAAAUGAGUCCGAAAUUAAGUUUUGUCUAGCUCCUGAUCCAUUACUUAUACAGCAAAAUACAGACAAAAAACAAGAGUCAUGCAUAAAAGACCAAAAUAGCUUGAUGUGUAAUCCAGAAGUGGACCUCUGUGAUAGAUCUGUGAAUGGUUGCCCUCGUGAAACAAGCGCUAAUCCUGUGAACAUCCCUAAGAAACGAGGAAGAAAGCCUAGAAGUGCAGUGGUUACAUUUGCAAAAGAAAUUCCCAGUCAUGGCAACAGUGAAAAUGGUUGUGGCCCAGAAGUGGGAACUCUUGAGCCAGUGCUGAUUCCAAAGAAACAAGCAAGAAAACCUAAAAAUACAAGAACAGUGUCGCAAACAUCAAAACGGUAUUCUGAUGCUGCUGAGAAUGAUGGCAAAUUUGAAUUGGGAGCUCCUCAACCAGCCAACAUCCCAAAGAAAAGGGGAAGAAAACCUAAGAAUGCAAAAAUAAUGUCUGUUGAAAGAGUAGUGCAGCAAAUUCCAUCAAAGGGGAUUAGUGAUGAUGCUAAAAAUGAUAGUAACAAUGAGAUGGUAAUUCAUGAACCAGUGAAGAUCCUGACAAAACGAGGAAGAAGACCUAAGAAUGCAAAAGCAGUGGCUGCUGAAAGAGUGGUGCUGCAGGCUCCAACAGCUGGUAGUAAUAUUUCUGAAAAUGGUGGUGUCACUGAGAUUGAUGCUCCACCACCGAUGCAGAUACCCAAGAAGAAAGGAAGAAAACCUAAAAAUAAGAUGGUACCCCAAGAAGAGAGUACAGAUACCCAUGGGCUGUUGAAGCCAAUCGUCCAGAGAUUAUUGGAAGAGAGCAAUGCCAACAAUGAGCUAACGGCAAGUGGCCGACCAAAGAGGAGGGCGGCCAGAGCUGCUUUGCUUUACCUACAUGAAAUAGUAGAGGAAAUAAAAUCACCGUCUUAUAAGGUGGAUGAUGUGGCUGGCAAUAUAAGUGAUUGUGAACCAGAUCAACCUCUGGAUCAAUCACUAUCUCAACCUCCGUCUUCCCCAAAACGAAGAAAAGGAAGGAAGAGGCAGAAGAUCAGUGAUGUUUUUGAUGACUUGUCAGAUGACAAAGAUUUUGUGAUCUCUGAUGAAGGAACUGACGAGGAAGAGGACGAAGAAUUUAAUGAAGUCGAACCAUGCAGUGAUGGUUCUGAGUCUGAUCUAUGUGAUUUUCGUGAUGGAGAUGGUCAGAAACAAAGAAGGAGUCCGAUAAAUAAACAAUCUUGCAGUACAAAACGUCGGCUGUUUGGAAAUUUUGCUAAUGGCCUCCCUAAUACUAUAAUGGUACCAGUGUGGGAAGCUACAACAAUUACAAGAAAGCAUCGAGAGGAACAUCACUCCCCAUGGGUGUUUCCACAUUGGAUGCCUUCAGUGCAGGACUGGAGUUUUCUUUCACAAAGUGAAUCACUUAGGUAUUUGCCCAAUGAAGGAAUCUCACCAAUGUUUAAAAUUAAAAGGGAAGGUCUUCGAGAAAACUCUGUAAUUCAGAGACUGAGAAGAUUCCAGUCACUACCUGCUCAUAAAGAUCGCUGGGAUGUAAACUUCUUUGUAGGUGGUCCUGUAUGGUGUGUGGAGUGGUGCCCGACCCCCGAGGGUUCAGCUGCUUGCCAGUACGCAGCUAUUUAUUGCAAUAAAAGAAUGGAUGAUAGGCAUAAACUGAUGGAUCAGUAUACAGAGCCAACAUUACUUCAGAUUUGGCAACUGGGAGACCUCCAACAGGAGCAAUGCCCUCAAAUGAAUGCUGCUUUAGCUUAUGGUAUUGCCACAGAGUACGGUUGCAUCUGGGAUAUGAAGUGGUGUCCCAGUGGUGCAUGGGAACUGCCGGAAACCACUAGAAAGAUUCCUCAGAUGGCAAGACUUGGUAUGCUAGCAGCUGCAUUUUCCAGUGGAAAGGUUGUCGUUUACAGUUUGCCGCACCCCGAGUCUCUAAAUACGUAUAAAAUGAAGUGUUCAAAAGGUUCAUCUAUUCCAGGGCCAAUCAUAUGUAAGGUUCAAUGUACUGUAAUUCUGGAGAUUGGAUCAGUCCAGUUUAGUGGUUCCUCACAAUGUGGACAAUGUUUCUGCCUUGACUGGAUGCCUACUGGUGAACAUGAAUAUUUGGCAGCAGGUUUUUAUGACGGUACGGUUGCUCUUUGGAAUCUGAAUACUACAUCAUUAUUGUUACGAGUUCAGCAAGGAGAUGGAACUUUGAGGGUCUUUCCUUUCCACUCCUUUGUUGCACACGACCAUGCUGUCAAAGCCAUUGCUUGGAGUAAAGCUCACAGCAAUUUUCUAGUAACAGCUAGCCCUGACAGGAAGAUCAAGUUCUGGGAUCUCAGAAGAACAUAUCAACCAAUCAAUGAAAUUAAGCGUUAUUUGAACACAGAGGUUGCCUGGUUGCUUCCAUGGUGUGGAGUUAUGGUAGCACAGGAAAAUUGCUACGCUGCGUUUGGACUCAGUGGAAUUCACUACGUAGAUGCUGGUUUUCUUGGAUUUAAGCCAUAUUUUGCUGCACCAAGAGCAGGAACAGUGUGGAGUAUUUCUGGCUCUGAUUGGUUGAAUACCUGCGUCUCGGGAGAUAACACAGGAGAGGUGAUUGCUGUAAUCCUCCCAGAUUGUAUGAACAACACCAUGAAUAUCAAGCGACCUAAUGAGCGGCGUUUUCCUGUUUAUAAAGCUGACCUCAUUCAUCACAAUGCUGGCAGUAACAUUUCAGUCUCCUGCUUACAUCAAAAAGAGAAAGAGGCCAAUGUCGAAAAGCAUUCUUCUGAAAUGGAGGAGGAAGAUUCAACUUCCAGUCCUGUCAUUGAACCAAAGACUUAUAAUGAUACAGUGAAGAAAUACUACCUAAUGUUUGACGAUACUGACUUGGUGAGCAAAAGUAAAUCUGUAUCAUACUUAAUUCAGUAUUGUGCUGAGAGGCAUUUGCAUUAG